GGUUCAAUCGCAAAGUCAAUGAUAAAAAGAGUCAAAGCUACUGGUGGCAUUAUGACUCUCAAGGAUUUAGAAAAUUACCGUCUUCGUAAUGAAACGUUCGAUCCCGAUUAUUAUAAUCCUGUAUAUGAACCUAUAGAUGAUGGAACGUCACAUUUGUCUGUUGUUGAUGCAGAUGAUAUGGCUGCCUCUGUUACUUCUUCACCAGAUAUAUUUGAUUUGCCACCAUCUCCUUACAAUUUUAUUGAACCUGGAAAAAGACCACUUUCACCAAUGGCUCGAUAA